AUGUCCGUGACCACAGCAUCGAAAGCUUCUACUUCCGCUAAACUCAUCGGCGAUGAAGAACCUGUCUUGAGAGUGUUCAACUCGCUAACCAGAUCAAAGGAUGUGUUCAAAACUCGUAAACCGAAACAUAUAGAUUGGUAUAAUUGUGGACCGACAGUAUAUGAUUCGAGUCAUAUGGGACAUGCCAGAAAUUACUUGACUCAGGAUAUCAUAAGAAGGAUAUUAAGAGAUUAUUUCGGGUACAAUGUUAACUUCGUUAUGAACAUAACUGAUAUAGAUGAUAAGAUCAUUCUUCGUGCCCGUGAGAAAUACCUAUUGGAUCAAACCAAAUCGACCCAUUCCAACAUCACCUCCCAACUUAUAAACGAUACGAAAUUAGCAUUCUCCAAAUUCUUACAUUCUAAACUAAUCAAAUCCCUUCCUUCCCCUCUUACAUUCGACACUCAAGAUGAUUUAGAGAUAUUCAAGAUUAUAUUGGAGACGGAUAAGAAUGAUACGAAAUUCGCGGAGGAAGCUAGAUUGAAAGAAGAGAAAUUCACUUUGUACCUUGCUAGUCUUCUUAAAGCUCAUGGUGCAAUUACCAAAGCUGAAGGGCUUUUGAAUGGAUCGACAGAAGGGGAUGUGGUGGAUUUGGUAGAUGGGACUAGUGAUGUUUUGGGACCAUACUAUGGAGAGACACUCGGUCACACCAUCAAAGAUCCUAUCGCUGUAUCCCGCACAUUAGCUUUAUAUUGGGAAGAACAGUUCUUCGCCGAUAUGGCCAAAUUGAAAAUCCUACCACCCAGCUUCAAACCUCGUGUAUCCGAAUACGUCUCAGAGAUCGUCACUUUCGUAGAGAAGAUAAUAUCCAAUGGAUUUGCCUACGAGGCGGAAGGGAGUGUAUGGUUCGAUGUGAAUAAGUUUGAUGGGGCUGAAGGGGACGGGUUCAGACAUGAUUAUGCAAAGUUGCAGCCGGGUAGUAAAGGGAAUAAGAAGUUAUUGGAUGAAGGUGAAGGCGCACUCACCGGAUCAAAAGGAAAACGUCAAGCGGCGGAUUUCGCCUUAUGGAAAGCCAAAUCCAAACCUGGUGAACCUGCUUGGCCAUCCCCCUGGGGAGAAGGUAGACCGGGUUGGCAUAUCGAAUGUUCAGUCAUGGCAUCUGCGAUAUUAGGUAGAGGCAUGGAUAUACAUUCCGGUGGUGUCGAUUUGAUGUUCCCUCAUCAUGAUAAUGAAUUGGCCCAGAGCGAGGCGUAUCAUGGCUGCGAGCAAUGGGUGAACUAUUUCUUACAUACUGGACAUUUACAUAUUGAAGGCUUGAAGAUGAGUAAAUCGUUGAAAAACUUCAUUACUAUCGAGGAAGAGUUAUCUAGAAAUACUGCUAGAAGAUUACGUCUUGCGUUCAUGCUACAGACGUGGAAUCAGAAAUUGGAUUAUAGUCGAGGAUUGAUAGCUGAUACGAAAGCUAAAGAGGAGACUUUCGAUAACUUCUUUGCCAAUGUCAAUGCUCGAUUAGCACAAGCUGGGCCUUCCUCGGAGGGUAGACAUGGUCUGGGAGAGGCCGAGGAAGCUAUUACCAAUGACCUGUUCAACGCCCAAAAAGAAUUCCACGCCGCUCUCUGCGAUUCAUUCAAUACACCCACAGCCAUCCAGAUCCUCCUUGACCUCAUCGCCAAGACCAAUAUAUAUUUCUCGACGAAAGGAAGAGAUUCGAACCUUGGUGUGGUGGUUAAUAUAGCGGAAUGGAUAACCAGGAUGUUAUGGAUGUUCGGGUUAGGUGAAGGUGCUCCGCCUAAGAAUGGUAUUGGAUGGGGUAUAGCUACGGUUGGUGGUCAGGAGGGUCUGAAUGGUCAAGAUGUAUCAUCCCAGGUAGAACCGUGGGCACGAUCCAUCUCUUCCUUCCGAGAUUCCGUCCGAAAAUUAGCUAUGGACAAAUCACUAUCCCCCGAACAACUUUCCAAACAGAUAUUAUCCCUCUCCGAUAAAUUCAGAGACGAAGAUGCUGUUAAUCUCGGUUUACAAUUAGAUGAUGGACAAGGACAGGAUGGAGGAGCCUUAUGGAAGAUUGUCGAUCCUGCGUCAUUGGUUGCUGCAAGGGAAGACAAAAAGAGGAUAGCAGCCGAGAAAUUAGCUAAGAAAGAAGCUUCUGCUAAAGCUGCUGAAGAAAAGAAGAGAAUCCAACUUGAAAAAGGAAAGAUUAGUCCUAGGGAUAUGUUCAAACCUCCUCAUGUGCAAGGUUUGUACACCGAAUGGGAUGAGCAAGGAUUACCGACCAAGGAUGCCGAAGGGAAGGAAGUUAGUAAGAAUGCGGUUAAGAAAUGGCAGAAGGAGCAGAAAGUGCAGGAGAAAUUGCAUGAAGCCUAUUUGGCUUGGGUGAAAGAGCAGGAGGGGAAGUAA